AUGCCCACCAUUUUUCAGUCCCAACCCCCGCCUCGCCGGACCCCCUCCGUUGCUGGAAGAGAACCUGGCCGGAACCGUGCCGUUAGAUCCACUUGCAGGAGCUUUAGUUUUGGUGGGAUGGUAAGAGGUGGCCGCAAUCUGAUGGCGCUGCCCGGAGAUAGGUGCCGCCGGAAUCAGGGAAGCAGAGAGGUUCUAAGAAGGGCUUUGAUGCCGCCGAGCCGGAGACCCACACUCCGAUGGAUGAAUUUCCGGCCAACUCCCAGUCGUCUUUCCAUAAUGUCUAUGGCCGAAAGUUAA